CAUAUCAUACGCUGUGUGCUGUUCUGUGCUGCCUGUGCCCGCGCACCCCGGCUCAGAUUGGUUGGUAUGACUCAUAGCGGUAAACCGUGUGGUCCCUGAAGUUAUAUUUUGAUCAAGAGGGUCCGAGAACGGUCGGGCAAGAGUGAAGAAACAUGACGGAAAGGUUUGUGGUCAUCCCCGUGGGGCAGGGUGACAAUGAAACCCGGGAAGAAGUCGAUGACUAUGUACCUGACGACGGAGGAGGAGGAGCGGGGGGUGAUUUUGUUGACAAUCAAGGCGUAAUUCCAAUUCUUGAAUACAGCAGAGAGCCCAACAAGUACGGUGAUGGCAACCCGAAGGAGAGCAGCCCGUUUAUCAACAACACAGAAAAUGACAAAGGCACACUGUACGACGGCAAAAACAUGGCCUUGUUUGAGGAGGAGAUGGACAGUAACCCCAUGGUGUCGUCGCUCCUCAGCAAGUUGGCCAACUACACCAACCUCACGCAGGGGGUCAGAGAGCACGAGGAGGCCGACGACGACGAGGGAGCCAAGAAGAAGGCUGUCAAGAGCCCGCAGAUGGGCACGUUCAUCGGCGUGUACCUGCCGUGCCUGCAGAACAUUCUAGGGGUCAUCCUCUUCCUGAGAAUGACCUGGAUCGUCGGCACCGCCGGCAUCCUCGAGUCCUUCAUCAUCGUGGCCAUGUGCUGCUCCUGUACCAUGCUGACAGCGAUAUCAAUGAGUGCCAUUGCAACAAAUGGUGUUGUCCCAGCUGGAGGCUCAUACUACAUGAUCUCUCGGUCCUUGGGUCCGGAGUUUGGAGGUGCUGUAGGCCUUUGCUUUUAUCUGGGCACCACAUUUGCAGGAGCUAUGUACAUUUUGGGUACCAUCGAAAUUCUCUUGACCUAUAUAGUGCCUAAUGCGGCCAUUUUCAAAGUGGAAGAGAAAGAGCUUGAGGCAGAGGCCAUGCUGAACAACAUGCGUGUUUACGGCACCGCAUGCCUGACCCUCAUGUCCUUGGUGGUGUUUGUGGGCGUCAAGUACGUCAACAAGCUGGCCCUGGUCUUCCUGGCGUGCGUGGUGCUGUCCAUCCUCGCUAUCUAUGCUGGCGUCAUCAAGACCAUCUUUGAGCCCCCAGAUUUCCCGAUUUGUCUGCUGGGGAACCGUUCUCUACAGAAACACGACUUCGACAAGUGCUUGAAGACGGAGAUCAUCGACAACAUCACGGUCACCACCAAGCUCUGGAGCCUUUUCUGCGACGGACCCUCGCUCAACGCCUCGUGCAACGAGUAUUUCAGAGAAAACGAGGUCACCGAAGUGCAGGGCAUUCCUGGCCUUAUGAGUGGGGUUAUUUCAGAGAACAUGUGGUCGACGUACGGCGCUGCUGGCAUGCUGGUGGAGAAGAUUAACUUUCCGUCCAAGCCGGCCACAAACACGUCUCAAGACAUGUACAUGCCGUAUGUGUCCAACGACAUCGCCACCUUUUUCACCUUGCUCGUGGGAAUCUACUUCCCCUCAGUGACCGGUAUCAUGGCGGGAUCGAACAGAUCAGGUGACCUGAGGGACGCCCAGAAGUCUAUUCCCAUAGGAACCAUCCUCGCUAUAGCAACCACCACCUUCAUCUACCUGUCCUGUGUUGUGCUGUUUGGAGCCUGCAUUGAGGGAACCGUCCUGCGGGACAAGUUUGGAGAUUCGGUCAAAGGAAACCUGGUGAUCGGCACGCUGUCGUGGCCGUCGCCGUGGGUGAUUGUGAUUGGCUCAUUCUUCUCCUGCUGUGGGGCGGGGCUCCAGAGUCUCACCGGCGCCCCCCGGCUGUUGCAGGCCAUAGCGCGUGACGGCAUCGUGCCCUUCCUGGAGGUGUUUGGCCAUGGGAAGGCCAAUGGGGAGCCCACUUGGGCCCUGCUGCUGACGGGGUUAAUCUGUGAGACGGGCAUCCUCAUCGCCUCGCUGGACGCUGUCGCCCCCAUCCUCUCCAUGUUCUUCCUCAUGUGUUACCUGUUUGUGAAUCUGGCCUGUGCUCUGCAGACUCUGCUGCGGACACCCAACUGGAGGCCUCGCUUCAAGUUCUACCACUGGGCCUUAUCGUUCCUGGGUAUGAGUCUGUGCCUGGCCCUGAUGUUCAUCUCCUCCUGGUACUACGCCCUGGUUGCCAUGUUGAUCGCUGGAUGUAUCUACAAGUACAUUGAAUACCGCGGUGCGGAGAAGGAGUGGGGUGAUGGUAUUCGGGGUAUCUCACUCAACGCCGCUCGCUACGCCCUGAUGCGCCUCGAGGAAGCCCCUCCACACACUAAAAACUGGAGGCCGCAGCUGCUGGUGCUGCUGAACCUGGACUCUGAGAUGUGUGUGAAGCACCCGCGCCUGCUGUCCUUCACCACGCAGCUCAAGGCCGGCAAAGGCCUCACCAUCGUGGGCUCCGUGCUAGAGGGCACCUACCUCACCAAGGAGACGGAGUCCAAGAAGGCCGAGACGAACAUUAAGUCGUCCAUGUCGGCGGAGAAGACCAAAGGCUUCUGUCAUGUGGUGGUGUCCUCCAACCUGCGUGACGGCUUCUCUCACCUGAUCCAGUCGGCAGGGCUUGGGGGGAUGAAGCACAACUGUGUCCUCAUGGCCUGGCCAGGCAUGUGGAAGCAGGCCAACGACGCCCAGUGCUGGAGGAACUUCAUCGAAACUGUGAGGGAAACCACUGCAGCUCAUCAGGCCUUGCUGGUGGCCAAGAAUGUGGACAGCUUCCCGACCAAUCAAGAUAGGCUGGGGGAGGGCACUAUCGACGUGUGGUGGAUCGUCCAUGAUGGAGGCAUGCUGAUGCUCCUCCCCUUUCUGCUGCGGCAGCACAAGGUGUGGCGUAAGUGUAAGAUGCGCAUCUUCACCGUGGCUCAGAUGGAUGACAACAGCAUUCAGAUGAAGAAGGACCUGCAGAUGUUCCUGUAUCACCUGCGGCUAGACGCUGAGGUGGAGGUGGUGGAGAUGCACGACAGUGACAUCUCCGCCUUCACCUAUGAGAAGACCCUGGUGAUGGAGCAGCGCUCUCAGAUGCUCAAGCAGAUGCAGCUCUCCAGGACUGAGCGGGAGAGAGAGAUUCAGAGCAUCACAGACGAGUCGCGUAGCUCCAUCCGCAGGAAGACCCAGAGCGGAGCUGGCGGCUCCACCAAGCCGGCAGAGCGGCUAAAGGACAACACCAAAGAAGAAGACGAGGCCCAGCUCAUCCACGAUCGGAACACUGCCUCUCAUGCAGCCAUGAACUCAGACCUGACGCCCGACAGGGUCCACAUGACCUGGACCAAAGAGAAGUUCUUCACCGAGCGCAACCGCAACCGCGAACCCAACACCAACAUGGCGGUGAGGGAUCUCUUCAACAUGAGGCCAGAGUGGGAGAGUCUGAACCAGUCCAACGUGCGGCGCAUGCACACUGCGGUCAAGCUGAAUGAGGUGGUGGUGAACAAGUCCCAGGGGGCUCACUUGGUCCUUCUCAACAUGCCAGGACCGCCUAAGAACCGAGGAGGAGACGAAAACUACAUGGAGUUCCUGGAGGUUCUACUCGAGGGUCUCAAUCGGGUCCUCCUGGUGAGGGGCGGCGGCCGUGAGGUCAUCACCAUCUACUCUUAAACGCUGCAUUGCUGUUACUGAAAAAAACAAUUGUUUCAGUUUUAUUGUAGCUCAUAUUUUUACCCAGCACGGUUAUGUUGUGAAAUUGUAAAAAAAAAAAAAAAAGAAGCAAAAUAUUGGAUGUUCUGACAUUGUAUCAUAGGAGAAAAUGUGCCAAAAGUCUCAAGUGAGGAAGAAAGAACUGGUAGCUCCUGUAGCACCAUCUGGCAACUGUGCAAUCGACCAAUAAAAAUAAAGCAUUUUUAAAAAGUAUGAAGGAUGAAGUCUUUUGAACCCAACAUUAUGCGUAAAAAGCAUAACACUGAAAAAUAGAAUCGGUGCAUAUGAGUCAUGCUCUAGUUUAUUUAUAGGCCCUUGUGUUACCACAAAGUUGAAAAGAGUUGUCAGUUCUCUGAGCUGUAGUUACUCCGUGCUCCUGUUGGGGGCACAGUUGUGCAUUGCACAGCCGAACAUGACAGACUUGUACAUAAAAGGUGUGAACUCUCAGAAAUACUCAAAUUUAAAGCUGUAUGUCGUUCAGAAUAUUUCUCUGGUACCUUUCUGCUAGCUCUGAAGUUAUUCAUUACCAAAGCACUGUGUUGUUUUGUUUUGUUUUGUUUUGUUUGUUUUCUACAGUACUUUGUGGUGGUAUACCUUAGAGCUGAUUAGCAAUGUAUUUGUUUAUUUCUCCAGCACUAUACUUAUGUACUUUGUAGUUUGUUUUAGUCUCUUCAAGUCAUAAAGUCAUAACAUAUUCUUGACUAUCAAAAUGUGUUCUGUAUCUAGAACAGACGGGCACAUUUUCUUGUACUUUGUUUCUUUAGGAGGUUGGGGAAAUGCAAUGACUCUUUCUCUCUCUCUCUCUCUCUCUCUCUCUCCCAUCUCAAACUAAUCCGGUGAAAGCACAACUGGCUAUUUUCAGUAAGUCCUGGUUUUAGACCUCUUCUAAUGGCAGGAUAAGGCUAGCUCUGAAGGCGUAAUUGGUUUAAAAUGACUGAGAAUAGCAUUCUUCAUUCUAACAUGGGUAUGUGUCCACUCAUUGUAUGAAGCGUGGCUAUGAAAACAGAUACAGAAUGCUAUGACAAUAAGAGCUAGUUGAAUAAAAGGAUUAAACUUAAUCCCAGGGAGAUGAAAACGUCAUCAACGUAGACCCUCUGAGCAGCACCUAGCAGAAGUAAUAGCACAUGAAAGAGAAUGUAAUCUACCUCAAGGAGGUCUAACUAGAGGUCAACACCUGUGCAAUCAUUCUCCCAGUUGUUUGUCUGUGUGAGUGUAUACGAAGUGUGUUAUUGUCUUUCAUUUCCCCAAGCCUCUACCGUGCAGACGUGUGUGUGUGUGUGCGCGCGCGCAUCAAAUGUGUGCAAAUGUGAAUGCAUCACUGGCCUAUGCUUCAGUAGUAGGUCAGGUGUGAGUUUGUGUGUGUGUGUGUGUACAUGUGUGUGUGUUUGAUUUUUUGAAUCUGUUAUGCGUUUUAGACAGACAAACAUAAUAAAGACCUGUGAGAUGUUACAUGUGGGUGCAAACGUAGUGGAGCUUAGCCCUUUAAAUUAAAUGUGUGCCUCUUGAGUAAUUUAAAUAAAGUGCUGGACCAUAUCAAA